GGUCAACGAUAAAGGCCGAUUCUGGACUGACUACUCCCCGGUUUUCGAAUCAAUCCUCAAGCUCAUGGAGUCCUCCUCCAACGACGGCAACGGCGAUGCGGCCAGAGAUGACGCUACGGACAGAGCACAGCAGGCUAAAGCCGAGAGGAUGGCAGCCAGGCAAGCCCAGCAGGAGGCGAGGGGAAAUGUUACAGCAAUCAUGGAGUCACUCCAAGACCAGGCGCAAAGGCUGGGGGAGCGCAACGGUGAGGAUGGGGAGAGGGCGGAAAAGCAACUGGAGGUAGCCCGCCAGACGAAGGAUAUCCUGGAAGCGCAAGCACGGGAUUCUGCAGCCAGAGAGAAGGCUAGGGACGCGAGGACGGAGCAUUAUCGGCAACAGAGGUUGGCUGCUGAAGCCGACCGUGCGAAGAAGCAAGAUGCGCAGGAGGCGAGGGGAAAUGUUACAGCAAUCAUGGAGUCACUCCAAGACCAAGCGCAGAGGCUGGGGGAGCGCAACGGUGUGGAUGGGGAGAGGGCGGAAAAGCAACUGGAGGUAGCCCACCAGACGAAGGAUAUCCUGGAAGCGCAAGCACGGGAUUCUGCAGUCAGAGAGAAGGCUAGGGACGCGAGGACGGAGCAUUAUCGGCAACAGAGGUUGGCUGCUGAAGCCGACCGUGCGAAGAAGCAAGAUGUGCAGCACGAGGAAUUGCUGGACUUCAUGUCGUCCACGUUCCGGACUCCUGCAGAAGGCGUUGUCAUCCAAUGGGACUCUUAUGAAGAAUAUUGGGAGUGUCUGCCCAAUAUCCCAGACGCGGCGACGAGUCUCGUGACCGACGCGCUGCCCACCUUGACGGAGCUGGUGGACUUGGCCAAGGAUAAAAAUUUCGCGGCUACCUUGAAGGAAGCGGGAGUACGAACGACUCCCGCCACCCGGAUUGCCAACUUCAUCCAAAAGACUAUCUAUGACGCUAGUAGUUUUUUGUUCUGUCCUUUCUCAAACAUGUGGCGCCUGCUUGCAGUUUCGGCGGUAGCGUAGUGUUGCUUGAGUUACGGUGUUCGGUGAUAUUUUUCAGGGACGGGGAUAAGAAGUUCGCGGUUUAGGGUGGGGAGUAUGGGGACCAGGCUGUUUCUCGAACCCAGCACGAGGUGGCUCUCGCGUAGUACUUGGCAUGCUUGCGCGGUUUACACGGUUUCUCGGCGUGUAUCAACACGCGUACGUAUAAAUUAUUGUGACGGGGGUUGGGGGGUUACGGGAACGGAGAGAGGGGACCACAUUGUGCUCGUUUUUUUUUUUUUUUCUGUCACAUUUUCUAGCGAGGCAGCUGUUAAAAUACAACGAUCCUCAUAGAAGGGGUAGUACGACUUGGAGGAGGUGGCCUCGAUAGCAGGAGAGUUUUUCAUGUCGAUACUUGCCAAGUUUGUUGUCCACGUAAACUGUGAUCGCGAGUUCGAUACCCCCGGCCCCAUAACACGAACGUAUGAAGCACAGUUUGGGGGGUUGUAAGCUUGUGACAUAGACUGCUUCGGCAGGCGAAAUCCGUCUCAACAUGCGUGGUUCGUGCUUUGUUGCGAAGUUCGCAUCACUCCGAAGGUGCAUUAUUCCGAAGGCUGUGUUUCGGUCGCGGUACUUUUACAAGACAUUCAAAGA